AUGACGCUGUUGGAGAAUGGAGCUGCUUUGAGUUCAAGCUCCCAUCAGGAGCGCGUGGGCUGGACACCGCGGUGGCCGGCGCUCGAUGGCUGCCUCAGGGAUGGACUGGAAUUUGUGCAGCGGGUGAUGCAUCCUCCUGUGGGUCUGGGCAAAGCGCUGCUUCACGCCGCUCUUAUGACACCAGUUUUAGCAUGUAAUAUCCCUGAAGAGAUCCUUUUUGAACCUCUUUAUUCACAGGCCAAAUAUCCUGAUGUUGUGGCCCUUCCAGAGGGACUGCUGGGGGAUUAUAUCAUUCUGAGGAACCCCAAACAUUCUGGGUUUGAAUUAAUGAUUGUCUGGAAGAUACACAUAGAUGGAGAAGGGAGAACUACACCUGUUCUGGACCUUCUGACUAAAGUACCGGAGCAAGUCUUGGAGCAGAAGAUGGCAACUAUUGAAAAUGCACCCGCCCACUUCCGAAGCAUGCUGCGUCUGUUUGGGAUUGAGACAGCUAUCGAAAACCUGAUCAAAGUGGUUGGCUUGGAAAAAUGAACACCAGCAUUACUUACAACAGGUAGCAAUUUCAAAAGUAGUUUUAAUUAA